ACCCAUUUGUCGAUAGUCGAUAGUACGAGUGUCACGUGACUAAGUGGUAGAACGCGUUGUAUAAGAGUAUAAAUAGUUUGUUUAAAAAGAAGAAUGAAUACACCUUCGCUUUUGCGAACAGCACGACCUGCAUUAUCCAUCCAUAGGAAUCUGAAUUGUUGGACAGCAGGAAUAACAAAGAAGCAUAGAAAACUAUAUUUGAACACUUUCCCUACGUGUCUUGUCCUUCCAGACGGUAGUAGCAUUAAAAUCGAUUAUGAUGAACCACGACGAAUAAUUACUCUCCCUCUUAAUAUCGAGAUGCUCUCUGAAGAAGAGAGGAGACGUAGACUGGAAGCACGUAGGCCUAUAACUAAGACAAAGAUAGUCGAGGAGUACCAAGAUGAUUUUGAUGAAACUAAAUUCUAUAAGUUGUCAAAGUGAUUUAAUUGUAUCGUUAUUUAAUAAAUAAGACCUCUAUGUACAUUUUACACGUAA